AUUUAAAAAUUUACAAAGGCUGUUAUAUUUAAGGACACACAAAUGUUCCAGAAAGUGUCUUAUAGUUAUAAAUAGUGAUAGAAGGAUUAUAAUUAUUAAGAAGUCUCACCUCGGUUGCAAGAUGACAUGAAUAUAUGUUUAUAAGGUAGAGGUAAUCUUCACCUUACAGUCGGAUUUAUGUUAAGUUAGGCCCAAUACUCAAUUCUAAAAUUUAUAUUUCAAUUCUUAUAUAAGUAAUAGCCAAAUGAGUGUGAUUGUGCAUAUUUUCCUUAGCUUCUGCAGCUUUUGAGCACCCAUUUGAAUUAGUUUUCAGCUUCAAAAACAAAGACAAAUUAGUUUUGUAAUAGAAAUGGCAUCUGCAGAAUCAAGUCCACUGAAGCCUUUUGAUGAAGUCAAGACUGCUGUCACUGAGUUCGCUCUAGGAUUUGACCACAAUUACUACCAACCACUUCACUUGGCAAUACUAAAAGGCGACUGGAAAUCUACAAAGGCUUUUCUUGAUAACGAUCCAACCGCAUUGACAGCGAAGGUUACGGUACAUGGCAGGACUGCACUUCAUGUUGCAGCAGUAGGAGCUCAGUGGAAACUUGUUGAAAAGUUGGCGCAACAUCAACAGAUGCCUGCAGAAGUCCUUGAAGAAUUGGAUUUUAUGGGCUGUACUUGCCUUCACUAUGUUGCAAUGGGUCAAAGCGUAGAUGCUGCGAAAGCAUUGGUGGCUAAAAAUCCUUCUGUUACACAAGUUAUUGAUUUUAAAGGAUUCACACCACUCAUGUAUAGUAUUACUUCUACACAAUGUAAAGAGAUGGUUGGAUAUCUUGUUUUGAAUACUUCAGAUGAAAGACCUGGCUGUCCAUUCUCUGGUCCCUCUGCUAGUCAACUUGUUGCUUUGCUUACGGGAGCCGGAUUUCAUGAUAUUACAAUGCAUCUUCUGCAGCGCUACCCUAACUUAGCCACUAUUACUGAUUCAAAUGGAAGCAGCAUUAUACUUAAUGUUCUGACAAAAUUGCCAUCACACUUUUAUAGUGGAGACUUACUUUAUUUUAAAUUUGAUAAACUCUGUUACAAAUGGGCUCCUGGGGAACUGGAAUAUGAAAAUACAAUAUGGAAUGCGCUUCAAACUCUUUUUCCUGGCUUAAAGAUAAUCAGAGAUAAAAAGUUGAGACAUCUAUCUGCCGUGAAAUUGGCUGAAUUUGUUUUCUCACAAGCAUCAACCAUGAAUGACUAUCAAUUCUGGCAAUCUUUUGUGAGUCCAGAAAUUCUAUUCAGUGCAACAUCGUCUGGCAUAGUUGAGAUUUUGGAGACUUGUUUUCAGUUUUUCCCUGAUAUGGUUUGGACUCGCAUUCCCAAUGAAGGGUAUUUGGUUCAAAUUGCCAUCAAGAAUAGGCAAAAACAAGUUUUUAGUUUUCUAUGCAAGAUGCCAAUAAUGUGCAAGCUUUUAGUGUUGGCGAUAGAUGAAUCAAACAACACUACAUCACAUCUGGCAGCAAGGUUUUCUUCUCAAGUAGAUUCAAAUUUAGGUGCACCAUUUCAAAUUGUCAGAGAGUUACAUUGGUUUAAGGUAGUAGAGAAAUUGGAUCACCCUCUCCACAAAGAAGUCAGAAAUAUAGAUGGCAAAACAGCUUGGCAAGUUUUUAAGGAAGAACAUAAAACAUUGAUUAGAGAAGCGAGGAAUUGGAUAAAGGAUAGAUCAAACACUGGUAUGUUAGUGGCAACUCUUAUUGUGACAAUCACAUUUGCAGCUGCAAUAACUGUACCUGGAGGUAGCAACCAGGACAAAGGAAUACCAAUAUUCUUGACAGAUAACAAAUUCAGAGUGUUUAUUGUGUCAGAUGCAAUAGCCUUCUUUUUCUCAAUGGCUUCUCUUCUAUGGUUUUUAGCAGCCAUAAAUGGACGCUACAUCCAUGAAGACUAUGCGAUGGUACUAUUUGUUGCUAGAUUCCUAGUCGGUUUGGAUUUUUUGUCCUGUGCUGUAGUGGCAACAAUGGUAGCAUUUAUUACAACUCUGACUAUAUUUUUAGAAGACAGAUUUAAAUAUUUUAUAAUUUGUACUUCUUUACUUGCUUAUUUUCCAAUUAUUGUAUGUCUAAAGCUUAGAUUUCCUUUUACAAAGUCGAUAAGGCCAUUUAAAGGUAUUAAAAUAUUUUAGAUUUUCUUAUCCACAGAGACUUGGUAGUUGUUUAACCGUUCAAAAUCAAUGUAUUAUGUUCACAUGAUUCUAGUAGUUUCCAUAGUUGCACGCAUUAUUUGUCUUAAAUUCGAUUAUAUUAUCUUAAGCAUAUGAGAUAUAUGAAUGGAGUAUGUAUAGAGAAGACUCAUUCUAAACUUUUGCUACAGAACAGAAAACUGGGUUGGAAUUUGUUUUAGAGGCAACCUUGAUGGACAAACUCCCACAUGGGCAAAGCAAACCUUGAUUGGAAUUUAUUUACUUUUUCUUCUGUCAUUGUAAUUGCGAAAUUAUUUUUAUCUUGAGAUUAUGUGCAGUUAGUUAAUGGUACUGACUCCUUAGGCUUAUGAUUAAACUGAAGAUCGAUGCUUCUUUGUGAGUUUGAGCAAUAUAUGUAUGUAAUAAAGUUAUCCUAUAACAAAUGAUCAUCAUGUUGUUAU